AUGCUGCUUCUCGACGGCGGGGUCAGGGCGAUCGACAGGUGCUUGAAGGCCCUGAAGAGGCGUGUUCCUGUAUUGUUGGUGCAAGGCUCUGGCGGGGCGGCGGAUCUGCUGGCUGAUUCCACAGAGAGUUAUUUACCAAUGAGUCAGGGCUGUGAUGAGGAAGAAGAGGUACUUCAGAAUAUUUUCUCUAAGGUGCCAAUGUACAUAUACGAUUUAGACGAGGAACAGCGCAUGGAAUGUGCCAAAAAAGUCCUGGAAUGUUGCAAGGUAGAAAAUAAAAUAACAAUCUACAACAUAGACACUGACUCAAGCCUAGACAAAUCCAUUCUCACUGCACUCAGAACAGGGAAAGCCAACGCUGCGGACGAGUUGAGGUUAGCCUUGGAAUGGGAUCGCGUCGACGUGGCCGAAAGUUGUCUGAACGCAGAGAUCGACAACUUGAGCGAAGUCAUGAGACUGACGCUGCUGGAAGAAAAGGUCGAUUUUGUCGAUCUUUUAAUCACGUGGGGAUUUGUGAUGUCGAGUUUCCUGUCGGUGGUGGAGCUGAGGAACCUUUAUAACCUUACGAAACCAAAAGCACACAUUCGGGAACUCCUGGGACACGGGAGCGACGACAAAGCACUGAAGUUAAACGACGUCCACAAACUCCUGAAGCAGGUCAUCAGCUCCCACUCGCACCGCUACUACCGAGACACGAACAGCCUCUUCGACUUUUGUUCGACGAUCAACAAAAUUACGUUUGAGGACCCAUACCUCGAACUGCUGAUCUGGGCCAUCCUAACCCGGAGGAACAACCUGGCCAAGUACUUGUGGGACACUUGUAAUUUCCCUCUAAACACCGCUAUUGUGGCCACGUGUAUCUACCAAGGAGUCAGGGACAAAGUUACCGAUAGUGCUGUCAGAGCGGAGUGCAAAGCUAUGAAGGAUUAUUUCGAAACCAUAGCUAUAAAAUUGACUGACCUGAGCUAUAACAAGAACGUCACCAACUCCGUCAGCCUGAUCCACCAGAAGUACAUGAGGUGGGGCGGCCUCAGUACCCUCGACCUGGCCCUCGUGGCGCGAGACAUGAGCUUCAUCUCUUCCCCGUGCGCAAGGGCGGGGCAGGACAUGCGCUGGAAAGGCAUACGCGUAAAGUUUUACGUCCGUAUCUCCUACCGGGUACUCCUGAUGUUCGCCCAUUUCGUGCUGGUGCUCUUCAACCUCGGGUAUAUACCUACUUACACCGAGGGCAUCCUGGCACUCGUCAUCGCAUCGGAGGCCUUAGAGAAGGGCGUCGAGAUGCUGUCCAACGAGCCCUUCAGCACGAGUUAUUCAGCUUGGAAUUCGUACGACGUCGUUCUUCUCAUAGUGUUCCUGCUGGGCUUCUUCCUGAGGAGUCUGUCCUUCUUGACCGAACUGGGUAACAUCCUGUACGCUGGCUGUGCUGUGCUGUUCUGCCUCAGACUCCUGCGCUUUCUGUAUGUCUUUCCUCGCCUUGGUUCCAAAAUCCUGAUCUUCGUUUACAUGGUCCCCAAGCUUGUCGAAUUCCUGUUAUUUUUGCUGCUGAUGGUGCUCGGUUACGGCAUCGCCUCGAAGGUCCUGGUGAGCGACACGUGCAAGAACCGUGAGAAGAUGACCUGGACGAUGAGGACUCUCAUGGACUUGUUCAUCGAAGUCUUUCUGGAUCCUUACUGGCAGAUGUUUGGGAAUAUUAAGCCUGACAUGUUUACAAACACCAACCUGACGAGCUGCGACGAGCAACGGCAGUGGCGAUGGCUGGCCUCCUGCGCACCGUGUGGGGACGGCGUCAAGGCUACGGUGCACACGACGUCCCUGUACUCUGUUUUCGGUCAGCUGAUGCUCGCGGUGUAUCUCCUGAUGUCCAAUCUCCUUCUGCUCAACCUUAUAAUUGCUAUUUUUACCACCGUCUACGAGCGCGUGCGGGACCAGAGCAUCGAGCACUGGAACUACGAGAUGUACCGGUUGGCUCGCGAGUACCAGUGCAAGCCCGCCCUUCCUCCUCCUCUGGCCGUCUUCGUCUCCCUGUGGAGGAGCUUCAGCGCCUUCGCCCUCAGGAGGAAGAGUGAUCAGGAUGAAGCAGCGUCGGCCUGUGAGGAGACGGACGUUUGGCUGAACCAGUUCGAACGCCAGCAGCUCCGGUCGUUCAAGAUGAUGGGCGAGGAGGAGGAGACUCUGGAAGCCACUCUGUGUAGUCUCAAGAAAACGAUAGACACCCUGACAAGCACGAUAUCCGCCAAGUUCGGGCACGAUGACACAGCAAGCCCUCCUCCUCCUCCGCCUCCUUCAGAAACGUUCCAGAACCCCGGCGAGGACCCUGCCAGGAUGCAGUGGAGGUUCGACGACCGCAAAUCCUUCUUCAACCCGAGAAAGGCGUCCUCCUCCACAGCGGCUAAAAACAACGACAACGACCUGACGGAGAAAUCGUACUCGACCUUGAAACAGCUCGCCCUCGAGGUGAACUUCCUGCACUCGAAUCUCUAUUACUCGCAAGCCAGGCUUGAGAACGGACUUAAGCGCCACGGCCUCAUGCUCGAAGAAAUGGUGAACAACAUACGGCGAAUCAUGGGGGAUAUUAAGGAGAGGAAGAAAAAGUGAGGA